UAUUGUGGCAUAAGCGGGAAAUGUGGAAAGUGAAGAAAAGUGCCAAAAGUGAAGUUGUGUAACAAGUAAAACCAGAAAUAAUUAAAACGCCUAAUUUUGAAUCAAAGGCGACUAAAUUAACUAACGGUAAAAAAAGAAAUUCGCACGUUUGAAGCCCAUUUCCAACGCCAUGUUCGCUAAAAUGUCUCUACGCUUUAGCUUCAACAUUUUUGAUCUAUCCCUAUUGUUGGUUCUUUUAAUUUCCUCGGUGAAUUCGCAAGAUGACACAGAAUCGCGUUUGGCGGCAACCAACGCAAACAAUGACUCUACAGCCGGUACUGACAGUAAAUGUGGGGAUACUCAACGCAUGGUCGACGAGUGUUUUAAGGAUUUGCCCCCACAUCUAAUGGAAUUUCUGCAAACCACAAAGAUUGCCAUAAAUGAGCGCGACAUCGCAUCCAAGUGCACCGUUUUUAAUAGAGGCAUGAAAUGCUUCGACGAAUACACCGUUCGUUGUCUAAAUAAUAAAACGCUGGAUCUGUUUAAGAAUAACGUGGAGGGAGCUCGAAGAUUUUUCAUGCGUUUCUGCAGUGAUCGUGAAUUUCAGAAGGAUUAUUUACAGCACAAGGACUGCUUCAGUUAUAUACAAGAUGACUGGAUGCGUUGUACACGCAAUUUCCAGGAAAUACUGACCGAAGAGCUGCAUGGCGAGCAAACAAAUGUCACUAAAAAGUUCAUGGAGUUUUGCUGCGCUCGACAUGCCUAUGAAAAUUGUAUCUACAAUAGUGCCCGCUACAAAUGCUACAAGAAUUCGGCUAAAUUUGCACGCGACACAGCUAAAACGUUAUCGGAUGAGAAGCACUUCACCAACUGUCGUCAAUAUGAGAAUGCGCUCUGUAGUGUGGGCCACGCGACGUCCCUGUAUGGCAGUGGUACUGAAGCUAUUCUCUGCUGGACACAAUUGCUUUUGGCGUGGUUACCCGCUGUGAUGUUUACAAGUGCGAACACAGGGCGACGACAAGCAUAAAUAACACAGUGUAACAAAUUUGAACUUUUUUUGUAUCACACACCAGAAAAUCGAUAUGUAUUUGUAAUUAGGGGUGAAUUGUAGUAAAUUUGCGCGUUUUUUUAACUCUCAUCAGGACAGCGGAAUUUUUAAAUGAAAAAAAAAGAAAAAAAACUUUUGAGAUUUGAGAAAUUAUUAUGAGUCUAUAAUAAGCGACGAUUUCACCGCGAAAUAAGAAGAUUAGGGUUCUCUUGAUAACUUCUGGUUUGCUUCUGGAAAGAUAGACCAAUCAUCAACUCAGCUAGGUUAGUGUGCAAACGUGCAAAGUUGGGAGACGCAGGAGCUCGAGGAAACUUCUAAGACCAACAAAGCUGCAACUCUCAAAUUUUGUGGCAAUUCUUACUGGACAGUGCCCGUUAGGUAUCCGUGCGGUGAUAUUUAGGAACAAUAUUGGUAAAAAAAACCAGGGAAAUGAGCCUAAAAUCUUACUAGUUCCAAAUUGGCCAUACUAAACUCUUUCAGUUGUAGUUUUAUAUCUCCGUCAGUUUUUUUCUGAUUUGCUUAAAAUUUUGACACAGUAUUAAGGAAUCAUUAGACUUAAGAAAAAACAAAUAAUAUAAAUAAUAAAAUAAUGGUUUUUAGAAAAAAAUUAGUGAAAUGAUCCCAAAAUCUUGCAAGUGCCAAAUUGCCCUUACUAAAUUAUUUGCAUUCAUUACUUUUCUUAUCGAGACAAAGAAAAUGUAGCUUGCCCAUUCUCAGCACAUCAGAUAGAACAUUGAUAGUGAAUCAUCGAUGAGUGUGGCUAUGGUGACCACAUAUCAUCCACAUCGAUUGUGUCUCCUAAAUAGUUCUAUCAGCGCUCGAUGCUCAUUCCUUUUCGGUGUGAGAACGAAUUUUGUUGCCAACACUUCGAGAUUCAUAAUAAUUUUUGAAGUCCUAAAUCCUAACUGCAAUCGUGAAAUCGUAAAAAACAAAUUCAGAAAACUAAAAAUGCAGACCUACUUUGUUACAACUGAGCUCAUAUAUUGGAUACAAAUCGAUUUUCUCGUAUGUGAAAAGCGCUGUUGUUGCACAGUGUAAUUAAUGCUGAGCUAAUACUUAGCUUUUAGUACCUAAAUUUGUGUGUGUUGCUUUGAAAAUAUGUGUGCCGUCCUUUUGUGUGUCGGCUUUUCAUGUGAAACUGCUGUUACUGGGGCAGCAUUAAGAGCGUAUGUACAUACAUACACACAUGUGCGUAGUUAGGCGCAUAAGGUUGCACGUCUAAACAAACCCGAUACGUCUAAUACUUUGCAAUAUAUGUAUGUUGGAUUUUCAUGGACGAUGUUAGCAAGAGUGUACGGCUUGUUAGAAAAAAAUAAGUGAGACCGAAUUUCAUGGAGCCACAGUUGAGCUCUUUUGGUUUAACAACUUCGUUAGAGAGCACAUUUUCCAUUAUGUAUGAGCUUGUUUGUUCUUAAGUGAUUGUUAGAUGUGCUGCUGCUAUGCCUAAGCAUAAGCAAACUCUUUGUCAACAUUUACAUUUCCAUAUCUCUAUCCCUGCACACGAGCUAUGGUGCCACCACAAGUGCCAAGGCCUCCUGUUUUCAAUUUCUUUUCUUGUUUUUGUUUUAGAGUGAAAUGGACGUGUUGAAGGAAAUAAACUGAAUUUAUAAAACAUAUUUGCUGUUAUUACUAUUGAUAUUUUUAUAAUAGUCUUUGUAAAUAUUUACACCUUCUUACCAACAACAAUCGGGCUGUCGCAAAAAUUGCUGGUAAAUAUAAGAAAGAUAAUAAAAUUAUUGAACGCAACGACAUCUCUUCAAUUAAAUGUUAUAAAGACAAAAACAAAAAACAAAAAG